AUGGCGGACCAGCGCAUCUACUCGGCAACGUAUAGUAAUGUUCCCGUCUACGAGUUCAACAUUGAGGGCAACCAUGUCAUGCGCCGCCGCUCCGACAACUGGAUCAACGCAACGCACAUCCUCAAAGUCGCCGAUUUCGACAAGCCAACCCGCACACGCAUCCUCGAGCGAGAAGUCCAGAAAGGAACACAUGAAAAAGUACAAGGUGGCUAUGGAAAAUACCAGGGCACAUGGAUUCCUCUGCCCGAAGGUCGCAGCCUGGCCGAGCGCAACAGAGUCCUCGACAAGCUGAGACCAAUCUUCGACUACCAACCCGGUGACAGGAGUCCGCCGCCAGCGCCUAAACACACAACUGCCGCCUCCAAGCCGCGCGCCAACAGAAAGCCCGUCAGCCGAGUCCCUGCCAUGUCCCAUAUCUCCGAGGACGUUGAGAUGUACCAUCAAUCAGAAACUCCCGACAAUGUCACAAUCGCUUCCGAAUCGUACAUGGACGACUACCACUAUCCCACAGACUCUCGCAAACGCAAACAUCCCGAUGACCAGAUGUCGCUUGCCGAUCAACACCACCAGCUCUGGGCCGAUGAGCUGCUCGACUACUUCAUGGUCCUUGAGAACCCCAACGAUCCCUUCCAACCUCCUCCUGUCCCACCCGCCGGUGUUGAUCUCGACCGAGCAAUCGAUGAAAAAGGCCAUACUGCUAUGCACUGGGCUGCUGCCAUGGGAGAUCUGGCUGUGGUCAAGGACCUCAUCGGCCGCGGUGCUAACAUCGACGCUGUCAGCCACAAUGGUGAGACUCCGUUGAUGCGCGCCGUCAUCUUCACCAACAACUACGACAAGAGCACAAUGGAUAAGUUGGCUGGCUGGCUUGUAACUACUGUGCCCAUGGUCGAGUGGUUUGGCAGCACCGUCUUCCAUCACAUUGCAGGAACAACCUCUUCCAAAUCAAAAUAUGCUUGCGCUCGCUACUAUCUCGAUUGCAUAUUGGUAAAGAUGGCAGAAACAUACACUCCGACGGACAUCGAGCACGUCCUCAACAUCAAAGAUCGCAAUGGUGACACUGCCAUCCACAUUGCCGCUAGAAACGGCGCGAGGAAAUGCGUACGGAGUCUCAUCGGUCGACAUGCUUCAGUCACUAUUCCGAACGAUCUAGGAGAAACAGCAGACGACCUUAUUAUUCUGCUCAACCGCCGCCGAAGGGACGGCCGUCAUCGCGCCAUGUCUUCAUCACCUUUCCAGAUGGACGCAACUUCUCACAACAAUGCAACCAUGAACCUCGACCCUAAUCUCGAAACACAACUAUCCAACAACCCACUCUUACCUUCCGCGCCAAACAACACAGCCCUCCCUACAAAGCCCCACCACACCUCCGAAGCGGGCUCAGCCCUGACCACCCAAAUCUUCCCUCUGUUACUGAGCAAAUCAGAAAAGCUAGCCGCAGCCUUUGACGCCGAAAUCAAUGAACGCGAAACCGAUGUUGCAGAAGCUGAACGCGUUGUUCAAGUCCGCAGUGCUGAGAUCGAAUCGUUGAAAAAGCAAUCCAUGGCGCUGGCAAUGAGCGAUCAAGAAGAUGAAUAUGAUGCGCGACUGCAACGUCAACUCAUCAAUCUAGUCUCGCAAUGCGAAAGCCUCAUUGAGGACGAACAAACCGCUGAUCUCCAACAUCUGUUCCGUCAAAUAUCACAACAGCAACAUUCCACCUCUGAUAUGGAAAUGAAUGACUUUUCAGACGAAGGCAUGGAAAAGUUGUCCUUGCUGCUGAGUAUCAAACGCUUGAAAGAGCAGAGAAUGCAUCUGGUGAAAGAGGUUGUGGAUAGUCAGGCGCAGGCAGGAUUGGGCGAUAAGCAGAAGGAGUAUAGAAAGUUGGUUGUGGGUGCUCUGGGGGUCAGGGAUGAGGAUGUUGAUGGCAUGUUGCCUGAUAUUGUGGGAGAGCUUGAGGAGUGGCAGGGUAUGGAGGGCGGUGUGGUGGGGGUUGGUGCAUAG